GGCUCACUGGGGCACCCUGACCCCCUGCCCAGGCUGCGGGGACAGCAGGCAGGCAUGGUAGGCUAUGACCCUGAGGCCAAGUGCGUCUCCACGGUGGAAGCGGCUGCAGCAGGAUCAGCAUCUGGCUUGGUCACUCGGGUCCUUGUCAGCCCCUUGGAUGUCAUCAAGAUACGCUUUCAGCUUCAGAUUGAGCAGCUGUCCUCUAGAAACCCAGGGGCAAAGUAUCAUGGCAUCUUGCAAGCUAUACAGCGCAUCUUCCAGGAAGAGGGGUUGGUAGCCUUCUGGAAGGGCCAUGUUCCUGCUCAGUUCCUUUCAGUUGGCUACGGAGCUGUUCAGUUCAUGGCAUUUGAAAGCUUGACAAAACUGGUGCACAAUGUCACCUCAUACAACGCCCGCGAUUCCUUUGUGCACUUCGUCUGUGGUGGACUGGCUGCUUGCACAGCCACUGUUGCAGUUCAACCUGUUGACACGCUACGCACCCGCUUUGCUGCUCAGGGUGAGCCUAAGAUCUAUCGCAACCUUCGCCAUGCAGUGGUGACGAUGUACCGGACAGAAGGGCCUCAGACUUUCUAUAGAGGUUUGACCCCCACAAUCAUUGCUAUCUUUCCAUAUGCUGGUCUCCAGUUCUCCUUCUACAACAUCCUGCAACAGUUUUCUGAAUGGGUGAUUCCAGCUGAAGGAAAGAAAGGAGGCAACGUUAAAAACCUUGUUUGUGGCAGCUGCGCUGGAAUCAUCAGCAAAACCCUCACUUACCCUUUUGACCUGUUCAAAAAACGACUGCAAGUGGGUGGCUUUGAGCAUGCCCGGGCAGCCUUUGGGCAGGUACGGAUGUAUAGGGGUCUCCUGGACUGCAUGAGGCAGAUCAUGCGAGAAGAGGGCACGGGUGGAUUCUUUAAGGGCCUUUCGCCCAGCUUGCUGAAGGCUGCUGUCUCUACUGGCCUUGUCUUCUUUUGGUAUGAGCUGUUCUGCAGCCUCCUGUGUGCCCUGAAGAGCACCGAUAGCAUUAUGAGGAAGGAACGCUGAAAGGGGCAUGUAUUGGCUACCUGCUGUUCUCCUGGAGGAGGGGAAGCUAGUGGCUUUGCUCUGUUAUGAGCAUGUUGGAAAUGUCAGAGCUCCCAGAGCUCCACCAGCCCGUAGGAAGUCACCUCGUGGGACCAAGGAGAAGGCGACUGC